AUGUCUACCAAUAUAUUUAAUAAUAAUACUUUCCUUGAUUUUUCAAAAAAUCAAGGAAGCAAAAUAGAAGAUGUAGAAGUUGCACUAUCCGUUAUUGACAAAAACGAUGUGUUCAAGCCUAUGUUGAGCGCGGAGGAAAUAAUAAAUGAUUUGAUCACGUCACCUAUUAGAAAAGCAGGCAAUAAACGGGUUAAACGCCCUCUAAACAAAUUUAUGGUUUUCAAAAAGAGUCUUAAGAAGCUUAUAGAAGCUUCAAACAAUAUUCCUCGCAAACAUCGCAUGCGUCAGAUUACGCACGUUGCUUCUAAAUUUUGGAAUAGUGCAUCAGAUGAACAGAAAAAGCCGUUUGAAAUAAUUGCUAAGGAUGUGAAGUCACUGCAUAAAACUAUGUUCCCUGAAUACGAAUACGCUCCAACUAAACCGCUCCAAGAUCCUUUUAUAAAUCUUACUGGAAGAUCUACGCAUAUAGGACCAGUUCUUUUAGAGUCCGUCGAAGACUCAGAAGACUCAAAACAACCUGUUGAAGAGCAAAAGACCUUGGAUGUUUCACAAGAAAGUAAUUUAAUAAAUUCGUACUACUUAUUUGAAGGUCAACAUUUUGUUGAAAAAUGUGUUUCUUCAAACGGAAACGAAAUUGCAAAAGAAAAUGAGGAUGUCAUGCCACAAUUACUCUAUGACCCAACGAACGUUAUAUACCCUCAGCUAAAUAAUGAGGCUAUUAUAAAUUAUCGUUAUGCUGAUUCUACCAAUGCUUAUCGUGCUAUUUAA